CUUCGCGACUAUGCCGCGUCGACUGUGCUGUCGUUCGCACGCGGUUUCUGUAAUUUUUUCGCGGAAUGAUAAAUCACGCAACAAUAAUAUAAUUGUCCCGAUAAACAAUAUUGUAUAAAAAAAAUAUUAAAAAAUAAAACUAAUCCGAUUUGUGAAUUUUGCAAUUGUUAUGUAGUGUUCCAGUGAAAAUGUGAAAUUAGUUUAAUCGUUAUUUCGUAUCAAAAUAAACUUUAAUAUAACAUAAAAGCAGUGACAGAUUCAAGGCAACAAAUUAUGUGGUUGAAGAUAAAAUCUGAAGAUAUUCGUUUUAGUUUUUCCAAAGUACUAGGUUCAUAUAAGACGAUUUUCCGGUAGACUACGAAUAUAUCAAGUAGAAUGGCCGAAAGCAGGUUUUCAGUUUCGACCGUAGAGUCGGAAUCUAAAAAAAAUGGUAUACACAUGGGAGCCACCAUCAUCUCCCGACCCCUGCGAACUUCAGUGGAGAUGGUGGAGAGAGGUGAUCCCAAUCCUCAGCCAGAGACAUGGCUUCAUGACGCUGGCUGGAGGCGGAAGAGAUCUCUUGCGCAAUUGACAAGAGAAGCUUUACCAAGGAUGGAAAACUAUAGAAAUUCUAAAAGAGCCCUGAAACGACCGAGCUUAGGAGAGUUGCACGGAGAUCAUUUGAUUACUGAGGAGGACGAAAAACAGCCCCAAAGAGAUACAAAAUCUCCAACUCCAGCUGGAGGAAUAAAAUUAGGAUGGAUUCAAGGCGUGUUAAUACCAUGCUUGCUAAACAUAUGGGGAGUGAUGCUGUUCUUACGUAUAUCGUGGGUGGUGGCACAAGCGGGCAUCACACUUACGCUCGUCAUCAUCGCUGUUUCUGCAAUCGUGUGCGUCAUCACAACUCUAUCAAUGAGCGCUAUUUGUACAAAUGGGGAGGUGAAAGGAGGUGGUAUCUAUUAUAUCAUAUCCAGAUCUCUCGGCCCCGAAUUCGGAGCUUCCGUUGGUAUAAUUUUUGCAUUUGCAAACGCUGUAGCAGCCAGUAUGAAUACAAUUGGUUUUUGCGACUCUUUAAACGAUUUGUUGCUGAAUCAAGGAGUGAAGAUUAUUGAUAACAGCGUCAAUGACGUAAGAAUAGUGGGAACCGUGGCGCUUAUCGUAAUGUGCAUCAUUUGCGCGGUCGGGAUGGACUGGGAGAGUAAAGCGCAGAAUUUUCUAAUAGCAAUUAUUGUUGGAGCCAUGGUUGAUUUCGUAGUAGGCACAUUGAUGGGACCGAGGGAUUUGGGUGAAAUCGCUAAUGGAUUUGUUGGGCUAUCGGCGGAGACGUUGUCGCAGAACUUCCAACCGAACUUCCGCUUCAGCGAAGGUCUUGACCACGACUUUUUUAGCGUCUUCGCUAUUUUCUUUCCCUCCGUCACUGGGAUUCAGGCUGGCGCUAACAUCUCUGGAGAUCUAAAGGAUCCAGCAUCGGCAAUUCCGAAGGGUACUCUUCUAUCGUUGUUGAUAUCAAUGGUGAGCUACGCACUCAUGGUGUUGUUUGCUGGAGGUGGAGCUUUAAGGGAUGCCAGUGGCAACGUUACAGAUCUGUUACUUAUGAACAAUACUCCUGUGGACUUUAGUGGCAUUUCUCAAUGUGUUAAUACUACUGCGGGUUGUAAAUAUGGACUUCAUAAUAGCUACUCUGUGAUGCAGUUGAUGUCAGCAUGGGGUCCUUUUAUUUACGCCGGCUGCUGGGCCGCCACGUUGUCGACGGCGCUGACCAACCUGCUGUCGGUGCCGCGCCUGAUCCAGGCUCUGGGCGUGGACCGCAUCUACCCCGGUCUCAUCUUCUUCUCUAAGCCCUACGGCAAGCACGGCGAGCCCUAUCGCGGAUACGUGCUCACAUUCUUCGUCUCGCUCAUGUUCUUACUGAUAGCUGACUUGAACACGAUCGCGCCGCUUAUUUCAAACUUCUACUUGGCGUCGUAUGCUCUCAUUAACUUCUGUACCUUUCACGCUGCGCUUGUACGUCCUUUGGGCUGGCGCCCAACUUUUAGAUAUUACAACGUGUGGGUGUCAUUGCUUGGGUUCUUGUUGUGCAUUGGUAUCAUGCUGCUCAUCAGCUGGAUCAUGUCGCUGGUCACCUUCGCGAUCUUCUUUACACUUUAUCUCAUCGUGCAUUAUCGGAAACCCGAUGUAAACUGGGGCAGUAGUACUCAAGCGCAAAUGUACAAAACGGCGCUCUCCAGUGCUCAUAACCUGGCAAAGACGGGUGAACAUGUAAAAAAUUACUGGCCGCAACUUCUGGUGUUAGCUGGAAAGCCCCAAGACAGACCAGCACUUGUGGAUCUUGGCAAUCUUAUCACGAAAUCUGGAUCGCUUAUGAUCGUAGGCGAUAUAUCACAACAAAAACUAUCAUACAAGGAGCGCGCACAUCGCACACGCUCCGGCGACGAGUGGCUGCGGGGCAGGAAGGUGCGCGCCUUUUGCACAGGCGUCCACGGCUUCAGCUUCGAAUGCGGGGCGCGCGCGCUCAUGCAGGCCGUGGGCGUGGGCCGGCUGGCGCCCAACGUGCUGCUGAUGGGCUACAAGGCCGACUGGGCCUCGGCGCCGCCCGCCGACCUAGAAUCCUAUUUCAACGUGCUGCAUACGGCAUUCGAGACGAAGCUGGCCGUAGGCAUUGUGCGCGUGUCGGGCGGACUAGACUUCAGCGCUGUCGCAGGCGCAGAGGAACCUAAUAGUGGGCUAACAGCAGCUUCCAGCAGCGGCGACCUACGCGUACGCGCACCUAUCAUGCACGCAGAUUCCGAUCUCGAUAUACGCGCGGACUCGCAGCUCUCUAGCAGACACAACCUCAACCUAUUGACGUUAACGACAUCGCGCUCAUUCACGAUGUCCGAGAAAAGUGACACAAAGGACAAGAAGAAAGAUAAGAAAGGAAUUGAUAUUCACCGGCAAGUGGUUUACAAAUCGGCGUCGGGCAUCGAGUUGUCUAUGGAGCAGUUGUCUCACAUGACAAUAUUUAAAAGGAAACAGGAGCCGGGUACGAUCGACGUUUGGUGGCUGUACGACGACGGCGGGCUGACCAUGCUACUGCCGUACAUCAUCUCGCAGCGCUCGGCGUGGGCGCGCUGCCAACUGCGCAUCUUCGCGCUCGCCAACCGACACCACGAACUCGAGCUGGAGGAGCGGAAUAUGGCGAAUUUGCUGGCCAAAUUCCGGAUCGACUACUCAUCGCUGACAAUGGUGCAGGAUAUCACGGAACCCCCACAGCCGGAGACGAAGAAGACCUUUGAGGAACUCAUUAAGACGUUCACGGACGAUACAGGAGAGUGCAAAAUCAGUCCCACGGAGCUAACAACGCUGUCAGAGAAGACGAACCGUCAGCUGCGACUGCGAGAGCUGUUGCUCGCCAACUCGUCCGCGGCGCGCCUCGUCGUCAUGUCGCUGCCCAUGCCGCGCAAGGGCUCGGUGUCGGCUCCGCUGUACAUGGCAUGGUUGGAGGUGCUGAGCCGCGACCUGCCGCCCGUGAUGUUCGUGCGCGGCAACCACACCUCCGUACUCACCUUCUACUCCUAGACUUAAGUCUUACUAGCUCUACAUAAAACGGCGAUCUUACUCGAUAAAUGGAAUCUUUCCAUUAGGUAGACAUUAACAAUCUAACUGCUGCCUAAUUUAUACCGAAUAUAUUAGAAUGUAUGGACACGAAAGAUUGCAGGUAACAAAGUACAAGAGUACCUAUUGAAAGAGAAUAUCUCCCUAUGCUUCGUUUGUUAUUUUAUGUAAUAAAUGGCGCAAUGACGUCAUCGAUAGGAACAAAUGUCCUAGAUAAAAGGGCAUUAUCCAAUAAAAGUUACUUAAUAUAUUAAUAUAUAAUCAUAUCAGGUUAAGUAUUGACAUAAUUCAACUCUGUGACUCUAAUAAUAUGAUAGUUUUUGGAAUUAAUCAAAUCUAUG